AGGAGUGCGAGGAAGCUGCAAUAUGGGAGAUGAACCGCGUGCGGGACGUCCUGCAGAUCUCGAAGGAGGACGCGAGGAAGCGAAUCAGCGACGUCUCGCGCUCGCUGUACCGCCAGGACCUGGGCACGGUGGUCAGCCGCGUGGACGCCAGCACGGCCGAGGCGCUGGCGGGAGCCUCGGCCGCCUUCGGGCUGACCAGCCAGGAGACGAGCAAGAUGAACGCGGAUACCUAUCGUCAGAUCGCCAGCAACCUGCUGGAGGGCGGGGAGCUGCCCGCGCAGGGCGCCGCGACGCUGGCGAGCGCCAAGGGCGUGCUGCAGCUGUCCGACAGCGCGGCCGAGGCGGCGUUUGUCUCCGUGGCGGCCCCGCUGCUGCAGAAGGACGUCGAGCAGGUGUCCCAGAAGCUGCUGACCGGCGCGCCCUCCGACGCCGUGGCGCCCUCGUCGGAGCUGCUGGCCCGCCGCGCGGGGCAGCUCGGCCUUCCGGGCGCGGCGGCGUGCGCGGCCACCGCCGAGGCCUUCGGCGCGACCCUGCGGUCGCUGUACGACCAGGCCUGCAAGGAGGCGAAGAAGAAGGGCGACAAUGAGGCCCUCGGUCUGAUGGACAAGAUGCUCAGCUUCUCCAAGCAUGCGGCGGCGCGGUGCUCUCGCAGCUGCGCGGUGCGCUGGCGGCCGGGGACGAUGCGGGAGAGGAUUCGCCGCUGUCCUUGGAGGCAGACCCCAUGUCGGGCCGACGCCUCUACGGGCAGUACCUCCAGCGCUCGUUCGAGGGGGGCGCUGGCGGCUCCGCGGGCGCCGGGGACCUGGCGCGCCUGCUGCAGCUGUCCGAGGCGGACGACGAGGCGACGCGCGUGGACGUGUGCAAGCCGCUGCUGAAGGUGCUCUACCUGGACACGCUGGAGAAGGCGUUUGGGGCUCCCUCCGGGAGCGGCGAGGCCGCGACGUCGAUCGGCAAGCUCACCGCGGCGAAGGCCGCCAUGGCCGCCGAGGUGGAAAAGUUCAACCUGCCGCUCGAGG